AAAAUGAAGAGCCCUCUGCGUCUGUCGACCGUCCUGUUGAUCCUGUCGUUCGCCUGCGUGGUCCUGGCCAACAGCAGUAGCAGUAGCAGUAGCAGCAGCUCCACACCCAAGAUCUGUGUCCUGCGGAACUGCAACUGGAACUCCAGCACGAAUGCCUGUGGCCGCUAUGGACGCUCCAAUCUGUGCAAUCGCUUCAAGAACAGCUGCACCCUGCGAUACGAAUCCUGCGUGGGCUCCACCACUUACACGGCGGUCAGUCUGUCCCAGUGCUCCGGGAUCAGCGUGGGUUCCCGUGGAAUCUGCGGCGGAUCGUCGUCCUCUUCCUCAUCCUCGUCAUCGUCCUCAAACGUUGUACCCAUUGUCAUACGCAGGGGCUGA